AUGUUUAAUUAUAUUAAAAAAGAAUUAAGACGAAAAGAUUUUAGGAAAACAUUAAAUUAUUUACAAAGAAAUUCACAACAUUCAUCAGGUGUUAUUGUACAACCAAUUUCUAAAAAUGUUUUACAAGAUAUAACUUCAAAUAAAAUUGAUAAAAAAGAACAAAAAAAAUUAAUUGAUGUAGAUAUUAGAGUUUUAGCUGUAAAAGCACUUUUUAUGAUUUCAGAUAUUAUAACAUAUUUACCAAAUAAAAUAUCUGGAGCUGGAAUAGAUUGUAUUGAAAAAAGUAAUGCUAUAAAAGCUGUACCAUUAAUUUCUGGUGAUCCUUCAAGUCCAUGGGUAAAUAUUAAAAUUUUUGGUUCUGAUCUAGAAAUUGCACCUUUUGAAGGAUGUAAAAAUUUAUAUCAAAUAUGGGAAAAUGCUGUUGCACAAAAUAUUGAUAAAGAAAUUAUUGGAGUAAGAGAAGUUUUGGGACUAUAUAAAAUUCCUGGACAACCAUCAAAACUUGAUUUAGGUGAAUAUAUAUGUAGAAAAUUUAGAGAAGCGGGUAUGAAAAAAGGUGACAGAGUAGUAAUUUUUUCUGAAACAAGAAAAGAAUGGUUAAUAACAGCAUUAACAUCAUUUAAAGAAGGUUUACCUCUUGUAACAAUUUAUUCUACACUUGGUGAAGAUGCUGUAGCACAUGCAGUUAAUGAAACAAAUGGUAAAUUUCUUAUGACAACAGUUGACCAAUUAGAAAAAUUAGAAAAAAUUAAAGAUAAGAUGCCAGGAUUAAAAAAAAUUAUUUGUUUUGAUGAUAGAUAUAGUACUCAUGUAUUUCCUAUUCAAGAAAAAUUAGGAAAUAUUAGUGUUAUUGAAUAUGAUAAAUUUUUAACUCAAAAUAAUAAUAAUAUUGAAAUUGAUAUAAAACCAGCUAAUGUUGAAUUAAAAGAUCAUGCUAUUAUUAUGUAUACAUCUGGAACAACAUCAACUCCAAAAGGAGUUAUUUUAACAAAUGAAAAUUUAAUUGCUGCUGCAUCAGGAAUGUCUGGUUAUGAAAAUUUAGGAGGUUUUUUAGAUGAAAAAACAGAAGUUGUAGCAUGUUAUUUACCAUUGGCACAUAUUUUUGAAUUAACUGUUGAAUUAAGAUGUAUUAGUCAUGGUAUAAAAAUAGGUUAUUGUUCACCACAAACAUUAAUUGAUGGUGCACCACGUUUAUAUAAAUAUAGUUUAUGUGAUUUAAAAGCUUUAAAACCAACAACUAUGGCUGUUGUUCCGGCUGUAUUAAAUAAAAUGAGAUCAGGUGUUGAAGAUAAACUAGCUGGACAACCUGAAUGGAUACAAAAAAUUAUAGACAUAUGUUAUGAUAGAAAAUCAGAAAGAUAUGAUAAAGGUUUAGAAACUCCAAUAUUAGACAAAAUUCUUUUUUCUAAAUUUAGUGAAGUUUUAGGUGGAAAUAUAAAAAAAAUAGUUUGUGGUGGUGCACCACUUGAUGUUGAUACACAAAGAUUUACCAAAAUGAUUUUUUCUAAAAAUGUUCACUUAGGAUAUGGUUUAACAGAGACAUGUGCUGUAACAUGUCUUAAUCAUCCUUAUGAAAGAGAAGAAGGUGUUGUUGGACCACCAUUACCUUGUGUUGAAAUUUUAUUAAGAGAAUGGCCAGAAGGAAAAUAUUAUCCUUCAAAUAAAAAUCCACAAGGUGAAAUUUUAAUACAUGGUGGAAAUGUAUUUGAUGGUUAUUUUAAUAGAGAUGUAUCAAAUGAUUUUGCAAUUAUUAAUGGUAAACGUUAUUUUUGUACUGGUGAUAUAGGAGAAUUUACUCCAAAUGGUAAUUUAAAAAUUAUUGAUAGAAAAAAAGAUCUUAUUAAAUUAGCUCAUGGUGAAUAUAUUGCUUUAGGAAAAGUUGAAUCAUCUUUAGUAUCAAAUCCUUAUAUAGAUAAUAUUUGUCUUUAUGCUCAUUCAGAUAUGGAUUAUUUAAUUGCACUUAUUGUAGCAAAUAAAUUUAAUAUUGAAAAAUUAGCUUUCAAAUUAAAUAUAAAUGGUACUUUUGAUGAAUUAUGUAAAAAUAAAAUUAUAAGAAAUGCAGUAGCUAAUGAUAUAGCUAAAUCUAUGUUUGAUAUUCUUAACAAAUUUGAAAUACCUCGUAAGGUAAUUUUAUUUUCUAGUCCAUGGACAAGUCAAGCUGGUUUAUUAACUGAUGCUAUGAAAAUUAAAAGAAAAGCUAUUGAAGAAACUUUUAAAAAUGAAAUAGAAGAAGUUUAUACACCAAUUAAUAAUUUUGUUCAUCAUGAUCAUAAAUAUCAUGGAACUAUUCAUUAA